GCGCUGAGGCGGGGCUGGGCGGGCCCGGGCGGGCCCGUGUGGCGGCAGGCGCUGGGUGAAGGGGUUCAUGUUUUUCCUCAAAUCGUUUUUAAGGAGUAGUUCUCCUGAGGCCUUGCGGUUGGUGGUGAGGUUGCCUGCUACUCGCCGUUUUUGUGCUGACAGAGCAGCUGGGUUUCUGGGCGUGCUCUCACUGGAAAACUUGAAAUAAGCUUGGUCUCAAAGCCUAUAAAAAGGCAGUGAUGGGAGGUGUCCAAGUAGAUUUACUUGUUGCUUCACAUGUAAGAAUAAAUUUGAGGCUUGUUUUCAGCUGAAGCUGUGUUUGUCUUGCCCUUCAGUACCAGCUUGCUUCAACAUGCAGCUUAGGAAUAAUGUUUCCAACAUGUCUGUGCAGUCGCUGCUUUGUGAAAGAAUUGCUGUUGCCAAAGAAUUGAUCAAGAGAGCGGAAGCCCUUUCCAAGUCCCAGAAAAGGAGAAUAGAAGGUGGGGCAAAACUGUGUGGCAAACUGAAGGCUGAGCUAAACUUCUUACACAAGGUAGAGGCAGGGAAGGUGGCUGUUAAAGAAUCCCAUCUGCAGAGUACGAACCUUACCCAUCUCCAAGCCAUUAUUCAGUCAGCGGAGAACCUGGAGGAUGUUGUCAGUGUCCUCCACGUCUUUGCUUAUGAGGACAGGUUUGGAGACAAACAGACGCUGGUGGUAGAUGUUGUUGCCAAUGGAGGUCACACAUGGGUGAAGGCCAUUGGUCGGAAGGCUGAGGCCCUGCAUAACAUCUGGCUGGGGAGAGGCCAGUAUGGUGACAAAAGUGUUAUUGAGCAGGCAGAGGACUUCCUGCAAGCAAGCCGUCAGCAGCCAGUGGAGUACAGCAAUCCCCACAUAAUCUUUGCAUUCUACAACGGCGUGUCCAGUCCUGUGGCAGAGAGACUCACCGAGAUGGGAAUAUCUGUACGGGGAGACAUCGUUGCUGUGAACUUACUGGCAGAGCCAUCUACUGAAAACCAGCACCUUAAUGCCAGUGAAUCAGAUGAAGAAGGCCCCGAACUCCUGCAGGUGACCAGAGUAGACCGGGAGAAUUUAGUGGCCAGCAUUGCUUUUCCCACGCAGAUUAAAGUAAAUGUGUGCAAUAGAGUUAACUUGGACAUCACUACCUUAAUAACUUAUGUCUCUGCUCUGAGCUAUGGUGGCUGCUACUUCAUCUUCAAAGAAAAAGUGCUAACAGAGCAAGCAGCUCAAGAAAGGAGGGAGAGGGUCCUGCCUCAGCUGGAGGAGUUCAUGGAGGGGAAGGAACUCUUUGCCUGCGAAUCUGCUGUCAGAGAUUUUCAGUCCAUCUUGGAAACGCUGGGAGGACCUGGGGAGAAAGAACGAGCUGCGUUGCUUGUUAAAAGAAUUAAUGUGGUGCCAGAUCAGCCAUCUGACCGUGCCUUAGGACUAGUGGCUAGUUCUAAAAUCAAUAGCCGUUCUCUUACCAUUUUUGGGACAGGAGACACCUUAAAAGCCAUCACCAUGACAGCAAAUAGUGGUUUUGUGAGGGCAGCAGCUAACCAGGGGGUCAAGUUCAGUGUUUUUGUCCAUCAGCCACGAGCAUUGACAGAAAGCAAAGAACCUCUUGCCACACCUUUACCAAAGAGCUGCCCACCUGAUGAUGGACUAUAAGUCGUUAAAUGAGUUAAUCAAUGAAAUAGUGCAGGUGCUGCUGCAGUGGAGGCAUGUGGAAAAACUGAAGAGUCAUAAUGAUACAUUUUUGGGGGUGUAUCAGUGGAAACAGCAGCUGUGGCAGUAGAAGCUUCCCCAAGGGAUUGGCAAUAUCUACUCAAUUCUUGCUUUUUUUUGUUGAGCUGAUCAUUAAUUUAUUCAUUAAGGUAAUAAGAUUUCAGUGAAAAAUUUUAACUGGCUUACAGUGUAUUGAUUGUAUCCAUCCAUUAAAAAGUUCAGUUAAUGCACA